CACCAUGGGUUGAAAAACACUGUUCUAGACCUUCACAACCAGGGAACCCUGGGGUAUUGGGAGAUCCCCUGGAGUGGGCUUUUGCAGCGUGAGAAGAUAAGCAGAUAAACUCAGGUUCAUCCCUGUCUGGUCAUUACCCCCUACUCCCACCACCCAGCCUCUAUGCAAGGAGAUAAGUAUUGUAAUGAACACAUUAAUCUUGGAAAUACCAGUUUUGGUGGGAAUGAUAUAUUUGGGGAAAGUUAUGCUUUGAGCAGGGAUUUGGACUAGAUCACCUCCUGAGGUCCCUUCCAACCCUCAUUUUUUAUGAAUCUCUGAAAUGGAAUGAAGAACAGAUCACAAAUGUUACAGAGGCCUUUGAGUCUAACAAUGGUGUCUAGAGUCUAAGAAGACUGAGAUCAACUGGUCUACACCAUGAGCAAAACAAAGUGAAAGACAAACCUUUACAACAACACCAGACCUCUACAGGACAACAAAAUGAAGGCUAUAAUGGUUAUGGUGAACGUGAAUCACCACUUGGGUGACCGCAUUGAACUGAAAGGGAAGGUGGCACCUGAUGCUGAGAGGUUUGCAGUGAGCCUGGGCCAGACUAGCUUAGACCUGGCCCUUUACUUCAACCCCCGGUUUGAGAGCGAAGGUGAUGCUGGGAUCAUUGUCUGCAACUCGAUGAAGGGUGGGGUGUGGGAGGAGGAGCAGCGUGAGUCCUGCUUCCCCUUCCAGAAAGGCCAGGAUGCCAAGAUGAGUUUCUGCUUCGAUGGACAGCAGCUGAGGGUGACUAUGCAGGAAGACCAGGAGCUCACCUUCCCUAACCGCCUGGGGCUGGAGACCAUCUCCUUCUUCUCAGUGGAGGGAGACAUCAAGGUCACCUCCUUCGAGUUCAAAUAGCUUCACCCCAGGCAUAGGGCACAUGAAAGAAAUGAGCUGAUAAAUAUAUCUUUGCUUCUCACCUACGUGGAUCUGUCAUUCAUGGUGAUUACAGUGGGAAAGGGUCGGGAGGGAGAUCAUUCCUGGGGUCCCAGAUCCUUCCUGAAUUGGGGGCGGGGGGCAGUAGCUGGCUUGGGCAUGGGGAAUUAUUCCCCCUGCCUAGCAAAAAAUCCUGCGAUUGGGAGGAGUACAGUCUUGUCACGUGUUACAUUUAGUGCCUGUUAACUGCACUGAAAACCCUGGCAUUCAAGCAGUAAAAUGUGGAUUAAGGACUAUCAUAGAGUAGCAAAGCUAGGACUUUGCCUUCUGCUUGAGAAGCAUCUCUAGAUCAUGUUACUGAACCUGCUUUGAGCUAACAUCCUAUUGCUCCAUGGAGAUAAUCCAAGUGGGAGACUUGGGUGUGGUGAGAAGGCUGGGACUGCCAACCACCUCUUAUUAUUUAAAUCAUAGUAAGUAUUACUAUGCAACAGCUUCAACACUCUCAAUGAUCUAAAUAAAACUCAAGCUAAAUGUCAUAUGUAACAACC